AUGGAUGGGAAUCCUUAUGCACAAUUCUUUUUCCAGCUAAAGGAUCAUUCAAGCUUCCAAAAUUUACAAAUUCGAAUUGCUGCCAAUGCUAUACUGGAUCAACGUGUCUACAACAAACCAUCAGUAGAUCAAAUUGCUGCAAUUUGGAUAGAUAGAAACAAUCCAAAUGUACCAUUCGAUAGAGAGAUUAUUGUUCAUGAGCAUUCCAGCAACAAACAUAGAGUCAAACAUUAUUAUGGUUGCUAUGACCCACUCCAAUAUCCUCUGCUUUUUCCAAAUGGAGAGGUUGGCUGGCACCAAGGAAUACACAAAUAUAAAUCAAAAGGAGGUGCAAGUACAUCUGAAGUUGCCAAUGUAAACCAGAAUGUCCCAACAUACACGUCCGCUAAUGAGGCGUUUCACAAAGAGGAGCAAGAGGUACGUCGUGAAUCUAAAUCAUGCGUGUCUUGUAGAGAGUAUUAUUGCUACAAAUUUCAAAUACGCAAAGGAGAAAAGACAAUACUACUAUUGUGCGGACGGUUAUUGCAGCAAUUUGUGGUUGACAUGUACAUAAAGUUAGAAACAACAAGACUUGAAUUCUUUAGAUUAGAGCAAGCACUACUUAGAAGGGAAAUAUUGCAAGGUAUAGUUGAUAGUAUCAUGGCUGGAGAAUAUAGAGGAGAUAAAGUUGGCCAAAGAGUAAUAUUGUCGGCACCAUUCAUCGGAGGCCCUAGAGAUAUGCGUCGUAGGUAUAUGGAUGCAAUGGCUUUGGUUCAACAUUUUGGAAAACCAGAUUUAUUUAUCACAAUGACAUGUAAUCCUGAUUGGGCGGAGAUCCAGGAAAAUCUAUGCGAAGGACAACUUGAACAAGAUAGACCAGACUUAGUGACUAGAGUUUUUAGGGCAAAAUUACAGGAUUUAAAGGAUCAGAUUUUCAAGAAAAAAAUAUUUGGUCCUGUUGCGGCACAUGUCUUCGUGGUUGAAUUCCAAAAAAAGAGGUCUACCACACAUACACCUUUUGAUAAUACUUGA